UAGUUCCGGAGAUUACCAGUUUACGACACGUCUCAGUAUGCGGCCUCAUACUGUAUGUGCCGAGAACCGUAAAAAUCGUGUAAUGAAACCUAAUGGAAAAUACUAGCAUUUCCAAAAAACUUACAAAAGAUAACAGAGGUAUUUGACAGUCAAUACGUAUAGCAAUGAAGAUGCACAGGUCAUCCAGUUUCCCUAGCAAUUCCUCAGUUCAUCACUGGAUGAAAGCAAUAAAAGCUCCAACCCCGUAUCGCAUAGGAGCCUCAGUGCAUAUAAAACCUAAAGUAUUAAUAGCAGCUACCAUCAUGGCAUCCACUGUCAUUGUGAUAAUUCUCUUCAUGUUAUUUCCAAGUCCACCACAUCAUUUAUGUAUGGAUGAGCUAACUGGGGAAAUAAAGACUCUCUACAACAGCACUUAUCCAUUAUCAAAACCUAUACGGACAGAAAAGGAGAUUAAAUUCCGUAUUGCAAUAAUAGCAGACUUGGACACAGCUUCUAAGCAUCGAAAAAAACAAAAUACAUGGAUAAGUUUCUUACAAAAGGGAUACCUGUCAUUGUCUUUGGACCACAGCAGAGCAAGUGUCCAGUGGGAUGCCGAUAAACUGACAUUGAAAUCUGGCCUGGCCCAGGGGGGGCGGGGCAUGGAGCUCUCGGACCUAGUUGUGUUUAAUGGCAAGUUAUAUACAGUAGAUGACCGGACGGGGGUCAUAUAUGAGGUGUAUGGAGAGGAGGUCGUGCCCUGGGUAUUGCUCACAGAUGGAAACGGAAUGACAGCUAAAGGUUUCAAGUGCGAGUGGGCUACAGUGAAAGAUGAAUCUCUGUAUGUUGGUGGUCUUGGCAAAGAGUGGACCACUAUCACAGGGGAAGUGCAGAACCUCAACCCCCAGUGGGUAAAAAGCAUUGGUUAUAAGGGAGAAGUGAAGCACCUGGACUGGCAUAAAAAUUAUAAUGCAAUGAGACGUAAGGCUAACAUAGACUACCCAGGUUACAUGAUCCAUGAAUCAGGAAUGUGGAGUAAUAUACAUAAAAAGUGGUUCUUUCUUCCUCGUCGUGCUAGUCAUGAACGUUAUGAUGAAGUGGCUGAUGAAAGCCGUGGUACAAAUAUUUUAUUAAUCUGUGAUGAAGAUUUUAAAGAUAUAGAACUGAGGCGAGUGGGUAAAUUGAACCCUACCCAUGGCUUCUCUUCAUUUAAAUUCAUCCCCGGAACUGAAGAUAGGCUUAUAGUUGCCUUGAAAUCUGAGGAAGUGAAAGGAAAAAUAGCGUCUUACAUAAUGGUGUUUACAAUUGAUGGGGAUAUUUUGUUAGAUGAAACAUUAAUAGGGAAUUUCAAAUUUGAAGGUGUAGAGUUUAUAUAAUUUUUUAAAUAUCAUUUUAAAAAUAUUGAAAAAAGUUUUAUUACCUAUAUUACCUACAAAUCCAAAUUUUUAUUGUAGACAUUUGAGAAAUUUGAAUUGUUUAGAAAGAAACUUACAUCUAUAAAUAUACCUAUAUGAAUGUCAUGUCAUUCGUGAAGAUAUAUUACAAAAAUACAAAGAUUAUAGAACAAGAUAAAUGGUUAUGAUAGUUUUUAAAUAGAGAAUAGGUUGCAGCACGCUUAUUUCUUUAAGAUUCUAUAAGUAGCCAAAAAAUUGAGGAUUAACAUGUCCUUAAGCAAGAGGUAUCAUAUUUAACCUUACCUUUAUCCUUCCAAGCUAAUUUUAUGAGCAUGCCCAGAAGGCAAAUUAUAUUCAUCAUUGCUGUUGGGUUAACAAAAAUAAACCGGUAACACUUUUUGCACUUUUGAAAAGAUUCCUCAUUUAUGAAAAUUACUGUCAGUACACCGGUUUUAUGAGAAAUGCAAAUUACCUUUGAACUUGCUUCUGUGGUAUACUGCAAUUUCUGACACCUAAUGUAAUUGAGAGUAGUGGUUCAGUUUUAAAGAUUCCAGAAAAUAUUAUUUAAAGAUAUAUUUAGAGACUACUGGUCAUUUAAGUAAUAUGGGUCAAGGGUAAAAUGUGUUGUUAACUAAUUGCUUAUCGUUAAUAUUGAUCUUUAAUAAUGAAUCGAUUGAAAAAUUGUUACCCAGGAUGGGUUUAUAAUGUACGCAUUGCUGGUACAAUGUGUUAAGAUGUAAGUGAAAUAUGUAUCUGGUGUAGCACAGGCUGUUAUUUAACUCUAUUUACAGAUAAAUUUAAUUAUUUUACAACUUCAAAUACAGACACGUAUAAUCUAUUUAGUUAAUAUUGGUGGGUUGCAUUGCCCUUUCUCCCCCCCCUCCACCCCACCCAAGAUUUUGAAGAUGUGUCUGUUACCAUGAGUUAUUAUGAAAGCAAAGAUAUAAGCAUCUUAUUUAAAUCUUUUCCAAAGUCUGUGUUAUCCUGAAGUGUAUAAUACCGAUGAUUUUCUUUGUAUUUUUAAAUUAUAGUUCUACUUGCAUUUGACAUGGUCACACAACAGGCAAUAUCUCUACAGUAUCUAUGCAUUAUAUUGUAUUUUUAUAAAAGGGAAAGUAAAAUAUUUUAUCAUGUAAAUUAA